AUGUCCAUGGCAACACUGCCGAUGAGUCAUAAGAACAUCGCAGAAUUGUCUACAACCGUCCUCAUCGAUGCCAUUACUAUAGUUGAUACUAUCGUCAAUCAGACACGAAAUCCCAUCAAUGACGAUUUUGACGAAUUAAAGAAUGCCGAAUUAAAACUUGAAAAAGAUAAAUGUGAUUUAGCUAAGUUAGAAUUAGCCUUCUUGGGACACAUUGUUACUGCACCUUUACAUUUAUUAUUGCGAAAAGACAUGCCUUAUAUCUGGACUGAACCACAGCAAAAAGUAUUUGAAUAUUUGAAAAUUUGUUUAACUACUGCAUCAGUCCUAAUAUACGCUGAUUUUAAGCAAAAGUUCUUGCUAUUUACAGAUAGAUCAUAUAUUAGACUUGAAGUAGUACUAGUACAAUUGGAUGAUGAUAAUAAGGAAUAUAUUAUUGCCUAUAAUAGUUAA